AUGGCGACCGAAGCCCUAGAGGACAAGAAACCGGAAGACGAAGCUCCUCUUGAAGAGAAGCAAGAGGCUGAAGCCGAAGUGGAGCCUAAGGAAGAGCAAGAAGAACAAGAGAAAGAGGAAGAAAAGGAGGAAGAGAAGGAAAAUGUUCCGGAAGCUUCGGAGAAAGUGACUGAAAACGAGGAAGAGCAAGUUCGUGAAGAAGGCGAAGAGGAGAAAGAGAAAGAAAGUGAAGAAACUCCGAAGAAGGCGAAGAGGGGCCGAAAAACUAGCUCCAAAAAGGAGGAGAAGGACCAGACCGAGCCCAAGAGGCGGGGCCGAGACUCGUCAGGGAAGAAGUCGAGUAAAGAAGCUGAGGCGGAGAAGAAAGAGAAGGAGCCGGUAACGCCGGUGAGUGAGAGGCCCACAAGGGAGAGGAAAAUAGUUGAGCGCUACUCAGCUCCUGAGAGUGGAAGGUCUUCGGCGAAUAAAGCUUUGAACAUUGAGAAGGGUCGCGGUACAGAACUUAAGAACAUUCCAAACGUGGCUUUCAAGUUGUCAAAGCGAAAAAUUGAUGACAACCUGCAAUUACUUCACACAAUUCUCUUUGGGAAAAAAGCAAAGGCUCAUAAUUUGAAGAAGAAUAUAAGUCAGUUUUCAGGUUAUGUGUGGACUGAGAAUGAGGAAAAACAGAGGACAAGGGUAAAGGAGAAGCUUGAUAAGUGCGUUAAAGAAAAGUUAGUGGAUUUUUGUGAGUUUCUUAAUAUUCCGAUUAAGGCUGGUACAAAGAAGGAGGAGCUUUCUGUUAAGCUAUUGGAGUUUUUGGAAUCCCCACAUGUCACAACUGAUGUUUUGCUUGCUGAAAAGGAACAGAAAGGGCAAAAGCGGAGGAGGAAGGUUACACCAAGUAAGAUGGCAGGUUCUGGAGAAGCAUCACCAGAAACAUCAGCCAAGAAACAAAAAGAAAUACCCAAUGUUGAAAAAAAGCAGGACUCAUCCAAGGCUGAAGAAGAGGAGGGCGAUGACAAUGAUGAAACUUCAGAUGCAAAGGACAAUUCUGUUGGAGAUGAUGAUCAUAAUACGAUGGAUGAGGAUACAGACCAUGAGGAUAAAUCCGAUGAAGAGCAAGACGAACCAAAGGACCAGGUCUCAAGUCCAAAAAGUUCAUCCAAAAAGGUUGUAAAGGAGGGAUCAAAGGUUAAAGCUGGGAGCAAAGCAACACCUGCUAAGAAGAAAACCCCUGCAAAAUCUGUGAAAACACCUACGGAUUCUGCAAAGAAAUCUAGUUCUACUUCAAAAAGAGGUGCAAGUGAUGCCGAUGGAGCUUCUGGCUCACAGACUAAAGCAAAGCGAUCUGCAAAGAAACAAAAGACUGAAAAGGAAAGCCAGAAGGAUGUCAAGGAAAAAGCCAGUGGCAAGAAACAGUCGAGCAAGUCCCCGGCCAAGGUUUCGGCAAAGGAUCAAGCGAAAGGAAAAACUAGCAAGAAAGCAAAGGCAGAGCCCACGAAAGAUGAUAUGCAUGCAGUAAUUGUGGAUAUUCUGAAAGAAGUGGACUUCAAUACUGCAACUUUAUCAGACAUUCUCAGGCAACUUGGUACCCACUUCGGUAUUGAUUUAAUGCAUAGAAAAGCAGAGGUGAAGGAUAUAAUUACAGAAGUAAUUAACAAUAUGUCUGAUGAGGAAGAUGAAGGGGAUGAAGCAGAGGAGGAAGCUGAAGCUGGUGAUGAUGCCGACAAAGAUGAAGAAAAGGACGACAACGACGAAGAUGAUGCUUAG